AUGCAGGACAUGAUCCUCCACGACGGCGAGAUGAUCCCUGCAGGAACCCACAUUGUGUGCCCCUCGGCGGAGGUCAUGAGAGACCCGGAGUUCUAUUCCAACCCGGAUACUUUCGACCGUUAUCGCUACUUUAAUCUGCGAUCGCGAUCCGAAGAAAGAAACCUGCAUCAUUUCGUGUCCGUGAGCAUCGACAAUAUGAACUGGGGAUAUGGUCCUCAUGCCUGUCCCGGGCGGUUCUUCGCCAACACGCAACUCAGGGUGAUCGUCACACAUGUCUUGCAACAGUAUAACUUGAAAAUGCCCGAGGGAAAGGGCAGACUGGGGACUGUCAUCAUGCCGAGUGGCCUUGGACCAGAACCGAUCGCCGCCAAACCACGCUAA